AGGAUCGGCCACCUCGCUCCUUGAUAUGGAACAGGGGAAGGCAGUGUGUGCAGGAUGCAACUGUCCCAUCCGAGACAAGUUCCUGCUCCGAGUCAACGGAGGGCUGUGGCACGAGGCGUGCGUGAGGUGCACGAUGUGCGGAUGCUCGCUGAAGAACACUUGUUUUCUGCGAGACCACAAACUUUACUGCAAACGGGACUACGUCGACCUGUUUGCGGUGCGCUGUGCCGGCUGUGCGGAGGCCGUCUCCCCGGUGGACCUGGUGAUGCGGGCGGGGCUGGCCGUGUUCCACCUGCGCUGCUUCGCCUGCAGCGCCUGCUCCGGCCGCCUGCAGACCGGCGACCGCUGCGUGCUACGGGACGGGCGACUGCUGUGCUCCCGGGACGGGUACCACCGGGGCCGGGCCAGCCCCGCCCCCUCCGACACAGAUAAGAGUGAUGAGGAGGAGGAGGUGGAGGAGGAGGAAGAGGAGGAAGAGGAGGAGGAGGAGAAGAAGUUGGUGGAGAAGGUGGCUGGCCGGCCCAGCAGGAGAGAGGAGCUGGAGAGCAGCAAGCGUCCCAAGAGGCCCCGUACCAUCCUGACCACGCAGCAGAGACGGGCCUUCAAGGCCUCCUUCGAGGUGUCUUCGAAGCCCUGCAGAAAGGUGAGGGAGACCUUGGCUUCCGAGACAGGACUCAGCGUUCGGGUCGUUCAAGUCUGGUUCCAGAACCAGAGAGCCAAGAUGAAGAAGCUGGCCCGGAGGCAGCAGCAGCAGCAAGACCAGCAGGCUCAGAAGCAGCAAGUGGACCAACCCUCACACGUGCCCCCCUGUGGUGACUCGACCCCCAUCCAGGACCCGCUGGGACCCUCCUCCUUCCACCACUACCACCAACAUCAGGAGCAGCCCCUAGGACUCACCGGGCUGGACCCCCAUGGCUUCGACCUGGACCCCUUCAGGCAGGGUCUCACCCCGCCCCAGAUGCCUGGCGACCACAUGAACCCUUAUGGUGAGGCUGUGAGCGUGGUGGAGGGUCUGUACAGUGACGCGACGGAGGGGGACCUCCUGUGUCCGCUGACCGACAACCACUGCCUCUCCCUGGGGGCGUCCUCCGUCCUCACCCCCAUCGACCGCCUCUGCUCCAUGCAGGAGUCCUACUUCACCUCCUGA